CAGUAUCCCAGCUCUUCUGAAACCAGCAUGUCCUGAAAACAACCCCCGUGCAAAGUCCCGUUCAUGUACGACAUUCUUCAACCCCAAAAAUAUUCAACACCUGGCCCGUCCCUAGUUGACAUCAUAGGCGCAGUCCCCACCCACAGCCGCCCGCCGCCGCCGACAGUACGCAAGGCAACGCGCCACACUGUGGCCUGCUCCGGGCCCCACAGAAAAGCGGCUUCAAGCAGGGACCCCAACAUUUCAUCCCGUCUCCGGCUGGCAAGUCACUGGCGCCAGCGCUUUCAGCCCCCUUUCUCCCCGUUCAUGCAUGCUGCGUAGACGCAUUUGCCACAACUCCAGACGAACCCACGACGACACCCACUGCGCGCAACACUAUCGCGAGAUCUUAACACGAACCCAUCUUCCGCCCAGACCCCGCGAUCAUCCUGCCCCGAGUCCCUGGCCCGCGCCCACGACCGACCCAACUGUGAAACAUCCUGUCUCUCCCCUCCCGACAAGCCGCAAGAACAAAGCCCCCAGGCACCACCCUCACCACCACACCUCCCAUCCACACCCUCAGUCAAAAUGUCCGAAUCCUACGAACGCGAACGCCAAAACAACGCCCGCCUCGACGAGCUCUCCGCCAAAGUCUCCGCCCUCCGCGGCGUAACAAUCGACAUCUAUGACCACGCCCGCAACCAUGAGCUCAUCGACUCCAGCACCGAAACCUUCUCCUCAAUGGGCACCCAACUCAAGGGCUCAGCCGGCAGACUAGGCCGCAUGGCUGCCAGCGGGAACAAAGUCGCCAUUCUCAAACUGUCAGGGAUAUUGAUCGGCGCGUUUCUGGUGCUGUAUUACCUCUGGAGGUUGAUGUUCUGAGCAUGCAAAUACGAUGAGAUGGUGUGAUGGAGGGGAAGCAGAGUCGUCGAAUGAGGGCAUACAUCGGUAAUAAAACGCUGGGCUUUAUCAGGAAGGAAAGGCGAGGACGCAGGGUGGAUAACAUCGAAAGUGAAGCCAGGAUGAAGGCGAGGAGUGCAGGACGACGUUGACACGGGGAUAUACCACUCGAGAUUAUAUCGUUUGUAUUUGUUUCUAUGGGAUCGCGCUCCUGAUAACAGAGAGCGCAGGGCAUAGCACAUGGCGUUUGGGGUUUGGGUCGGGGCGGGUGGUUACAGUAAACUCAUUUAUAUCAACCAACA